CUGUAUCUUUGAUAUGUUUUGGAAAACCUAGCAAAAUCAUAAGCAUAAAAGUUUCUAAAUAACAUUGAUAGGAAAUUUUACGUUGAAUUUGAUGGAAAUACUGACGUGUCAAACGUCAGAAUAUAUUUGGCGUUGUCCGUGUCCGUAAGGGAAAGUUCAACAACAAUAGCUUAACAAGUAUGUCUGACUCGGAAGAUGAUGCAGCAUUUGCCAGUGCUGAUGAAGGAGAGUCUGAUCCACUUCCUGUCCACAAACCCAGUUCUACACAGGGGAAAGUAAAAACAACAGAGGAGGAAAAUAAGGGGUGUAAGGCAGAAAAUGAAAAUGGUGAAAGAAAAAGUGCCUGUGCCCCAAAGAUGAGGGACAAGGAAAUGAAAACUGAUACUAAAAUAUGUAGUGAUUCAAAAACAAAAGAGAGCAUUAAGAAAGAAGUUCCAGCUGUUAAAAAACAGGAAGAGAAAAGUAAGGGAGGGAAAGGAAAAAAGAAAAGAGGAAAGCAGACAAAAACAGAACCAGUUAAAGAUUCAGAUAAAGAUUCUGAAAGUGCAUUAGGGAAAUCAGUAGCUGUUAUGGAAUCACCUGAGAAUGAUAAGUCAUCACCACCUCAGGCUACAGAAUUAUCACAGGGGAAACAAGACCAGAAUGUUUAUAGUGAAGGAAAACUAGUUAUAUCAGAGCCCAGUGAAUCCCCAGAGAGUGACACAAUGUCAUGUGAAAAUAAAACUCCUCUAUCAGCUACAAGUGAUGUGGAAAAGAAUUAUUCAGGUCGAACAGUAGGGAAACCAGACUUUAGUAUCACUGAGGAGAAAAAAACAAUGGAUGCAAAGCAAAAAGAGUCUAAAGGUGUUGAAAAAGAAAGUCAACAAUUCGAACAGAGAGAAAAUGAAACAAAGUCUGCUUUGGACAGGUUAACACAGCCAUCAAAGCAAAAGUCUGAUAACUGGGGUUCAUGGGGAAAUUGGGGAUCAUCUCUGAUGAAUGUAGCAUCUACAUCGGUAUCAACAUUCAGCAAUCAGUUGGGUGAAGGAUUUACCACCAUUAUGGAUUCAGUAGAAACAGCAUUAGGAGCACCUCCUAUUGAGGAGUUGCUGACUGAAAAGGGACCCAACUCUCCUCCAGACACAGUGAAAAUGGAAAGACAAGAAAAGGAAGAUGACACACCAACACCAGAGACCAUAAAAGCACCCGCUGCACAGGAGGAUGAACAACAAGCAGAAAUCCCGACCUCAAAUGAAGCCAGUGGAGGCAGUGGCUGGUGGUCUGGCUGGGGCAUGUCCAAUCUAUCUAACCUCUCAUCAGUGGUUCACAACACAACAAAUAUUGUCCAAAAAUCAGUGCAGAAUACCACCAAUAUAGUUCAGAAAUCUAGUAAAACUCUAGUAACUGGAGGUCUGGAUGUGUUAGAAACAAUAGGGAAGAAAACAUUCGAGGUGAUUAAAGAUCAUGACCCUGGACUGAGCAGGACUAAAGAGUUUCUGUUUGACAAGAGUGAUAAGCCCAGCCUCUCCCAGCUUCUCCGUGAAGCACAGAAGGAAGAGAAGGUUAAGGAGGAGAGGAAGAAAGAGGAGGACGAAGCGAGACUUACCAAUUUAAAGGCCAUGUUUGAGGAGAAUCAGGGUUAUGCACAUCUGGAAGCCUUGGAAAUGUUGUCCAACAUGUGUGAGAAGACGGUGCAUUCUUUGCUGGAAGACAUGUCAGAUAACAAGCUGGACUCCAUUAAAGCUGAACUAAUUCGCAUUAAGCAGGUGUUUGAAAGAAUGCAAGGACAAAAUGAUAAUGAUGAUGAUGAUGAUGAAGAUAAGGAACAUGACUUUGGAAAGUUAGUUGCAGAACAUUUGACAGAGAUUCAUCUUGGGACCACUCCAGAUAAGCUAAAUAAGACUCAAGAAAAAAUUCGUGAAACCAUUGCGAAAUAUUUUGCCUCAGAUGACCAUAUGGCAGUCAAGGAAAUCCACCAAUCUGCCAUUCAGUCAUUAGCUGAAAUCACAUCUAAAUCUUUAGAGCAGUUCCAUAAGGCUGGGGAACUCAUCAUCUUACAGAGAGACACCAGUAAAAAUUGUGAAAGCAGAGCUCAUAGUCUAGAGAGAUUAGCAAAAGUCCUGACUACUGAAGUGGGUAUUAUAGCUACCAAGUUUUGUCACUGUUUAAAUAAACUAGACGAGAGCGAAAAUCCUGACAUUACAUCAGUGGUUACCAACAUCUAUUUGGAGUCCUCCAACAGCACCAUGUACAUUCAAGAUGCUCUCCAGCUUCUGUUGCCAUGCCUUCAACAAGCUGCCAUUCAGAGGUCACUGACAUAGCAAGAAAUAAUGAUGUUCAUAAUGUACAUUAGGGAUGAUGUUUGUAAAAUACAUAAAUAAUUAUUUAUUAAGUACAUCAGGAUCUACAAUAUAAAGUAUGUCAAUAUUGUGUUUACUCAUUCUUGGGUAUAUUAUUCUGUUCCGUGAAACCCGAGGGGACUACUGCAUCAUUCCCCUCUCUCUCUGUCGGUCCAAACAUGUCCCACCUUGUUUUUAAUAUCAUUCAUCAUGUUUUAAAAUAUGGAUAUGAAACUUGACUUCAGUGACUAUUAAGAUACAAUAAGUUUGACAUUUUUUUCCCCCCAAGUUCUUUAUAUAGAUUCAUUUUAAUGACCCUGUAAUCAGCUCUGAAUUCGGGGGCAUAUAGAUUUUGGUAUGUCCAUUUGUCCACAAAAACUUUGGCAGUAACUUUUGAAUGGAUAGUGAUAGAGUUUUCAUAUUUCACAUGUGUAUUCCUUAUAACAAGACCUUUCUUCAUGUAGCAAUUUUUUUUUUACCUUAUGACAGUUACCUUUGAUCUACGAUUGAAAACCUUUAACCCUGGCCAUCAUCAACUUUGCUGCCACACAGGGACAUCAAUGUUUCACAAACACAUCUUGUUUACAUGAUUGUUGGACCAGUAGGGGAAAUGCAUUCCUAUAGUGAUACACAAAUUCAUGUUCGAUACUCAUCAUAUACUAGUAUUGUUAUGUACAAAAACCAUGAUCAUGUAUCAAGCAAUUCAGAGAUCAAUAAAAACACAAAAUUCA